AUGCCGGAGCGGCACCGGUGUCUUCAUGCAAGUUCCCAGCAACGCUGCAAGAUCAAGGCGCUGAGGGCCAAGACCAACACGUACAUCAAGACCCCAGUGCGCGGCGAGGAGCCGGUCUUCAUGGUGACGGGGCGGCGGGAGGACGUCGCCAUGGCCAGGCGGGAGAUCAUCUCGGCCGCCGAGCACUUCUCCAUGAUCCGGGCGUCUCGCAACAAGGCCGGCACCACCUUCGGCAGUGCCCCGACCCUGCCAGGCCAGGUCACCAUCCGGGUACGCGUGCCGUACCGUGUGGUGGGCCUAGUGGUCGGCCCCAAAGGUGCCACCAUCAAGCGAAUCCAGCAGCAAACCAACACCUACAUCAUCACACCCAGCCGGGACCGGGACCCCGUGUUCGAGAUCACGGGGGCGCCGGGCAACGUGGAGCGGGCCCGGGAGGAGAUCGAGACCCACAUCGCCGUGAGGACGGGCAAGAUCUUGGAGUACAACAACGAGAACGACUUCCUGUCCAGCAGCCCCGACUCGGGCAUGGAGAACCGCUACUCGGAGGCAUGGCGGGUCCACACGCCUGCCCCGGGCUGCAAGCCGCUCUCCACCUUCCGCCAAAACAGCCUGGGCUGCAUCGGUGACUGCUCCGUGGACCCCAUCUACGAGACGCCGCGGCUCAACGACCAAAACGACUUCAAUUACGGUUACCUCUUCCCCAACUACGGAGUGAGCAAGCAAGAUCUGUAUUACGGGGUGCCGGAUUCCAGCACCCCGAUGUGGGCCGGGCAGGAGAACACCAACCCCGUGUCCGUGCUCUUCUCCAAGCAGCAGCGGUCGGGGAGCACCGGGGCCAUCCAUCCCAACUCCCACCGCUCCCCAUCCUCGUCCAUCCAGGAGCCCAACCUCUCCAGCCUGCCCAGGAGGUCGCAAGGGGAACCCUUGCAAGGCUUCUCCAAGCUGGGCACCAGCCGGACGCCCGUCUCCAGCAGCCGGGAGUGCAUGGUGUGCUUCGAAAGUGAAGUCACGGCCGCCCUUGUGCCCUGCGGCCACAACCUCUUCUGCAUGGAGUGCGCCGUGCGGAUCUGUGAGCGGACCGACCCCGAGUGCCCCGUUUGCCACGCCCCAGCCACUCAGGCCAUUAGAAUAUUUUCUUAAAGAGACAGGACGGGGCAUGGGGCGGGGCAAAAAAGGGGUGGGCGGGGCUUCCAAAAGAAAUAAAUAAAUAACUAAAUAAAAGAGGAGGAGGAAGAAGGUGGUCCAGUAAUACAAGUGACAUCUGAAGACCGAACAAAAGGAGAGAGUAAAAAAAAAAAUUAAUUUAAAGAGGAACAAGAAAGAAAAAGAAAUUAUUUUACGAGCAAUGUAGGUUAUUUUUACAAAAAAAAAAUUAAUAAAGAAAAAGGUGAUUAUUAUUAAGAAGAAGAAGAAUAAAAUGAAAAUGAAUAGAAAAGCCAGAAAUUUCCAAGGGGCAGAUGAUGUCCCGGCCUGCGAGAAACCAGGACUCUGAACGCACAGAUGGAAAAAAAAAAACCAACAAAAGAAAAACGUGGUUUUGUUCCAAUUUGGGUUGUUUUCUUUUGGUUUUGGCAGUGAGGUGGGACUCUCGGCUUUUCCAUCCACCGAGCUGGGGGUGGGGGGUCAUGCUUGAUGUCAGCUUGGUCUGAAGCUGCCCCCGGCUCCCUCACUCCCUCCCCACCCCUGGGGAUAUGAACCCGACGAGCGUAUGAAAACUCAGUGGAAGAAUCAAAGUGGAAAGAAAAGGAAAAGAAAAAGGAUGAUGGGGAAUGAAUGAAAAGGCAAAACCAUCAACCUCUGGGAACCUGUUAGAGUGAGGGCACAACUGUAUUACCUCAAAGAUUUAAACAAAAAAUGACACAGCAGCUAAAGAACUUUUAUUAUUUUCUGUUUUUUUUUCCUAAAAAAAAAAAAGAAGAAGAAAAUCAGAAAAAAAAAAAUAGAGAAAUGAAUGAAAACGAUGACGCCGGUGAAACUGAAGAACUUAUUGGAGUCGCACUGGGUGCCGUGAGUAUAUAUUCGUAUUCUGAGCCAACGCAGAGUUUGGAACUAGGUUACUUUUUUUUCCUUCUCCAAGCAGGGAUGUCUUCAUCACCCGAAUCAGGAGUCGCUAACAGGGUAUUUCAAAAGCAGUUGCGUGCUCCCAUCCAAGGGGGGAAUAUACUGACUUCCACGUUUCCAUACUUCACUCUCCAAGCAAUGCCAGCUGCAGCCGCACACACACACACACGUGAGGCUGUGCUUUUCUGUUCUUAAAAAUAUAGAGAUAUAUAUUUCGCACCAAAACCUAAGAAAGACGAUCAUGCAAUACCGGCCAUGCGCCCUCAGCAAGCCAACACACAUCCUGACAGACAGCAAAAAAAAAUAAUAAUAAUAAAGAAACCAAGUUUAUAGAUAUAAUUUUCUUGUCGUUUUUAAACUGGACCAAAACUUUUGUUACCCAAAACCAAGUAGGGAAAAUAAUAAAAAAAGAAGAAGAAGAAAGUAUUUCUUUAUGGACCAAAAACCUCUUCAAUUUCCUUAACCCGGAUCUCCAGAGGUUGCCGCUUUUAUAUAUUAUAUUUUUUCCAGAACAAAACAAAACACAAAAAAAAAGAAUCUGAAUUGCCUUGUUGAAUCAUGUCAAGACUCCUGGUUUUGUUCAAUCAGAUACUUUUUGAGCCACUGGGAUGUUGGGGAGAUGGGCUUCAAAGCUGGCUUUGGUUGCAGGCAUCAGCCAGCGUCUUAACCUAGGCAGGUUUGAUCAACCUCGGAUGCCAAAGGGGCACGGCGGCAAAGUUACGCGUGUUCGAUUAACCCACCCAAGUACCUCUAGGGCGAGGCACGUCACUCCCCAGCACCUCGGCAGGCGUGCGUGUGCACUCACACGCGCUCCCACACCUGUUCUUCGCUCGGUCCCCUCCUUCCCUCUCCCCCACCAGCUUCUACUCACAGCUCCGGACCCUCACCUGGAACCGCCAACCAAAAAAGCUUUGUGACUCGGGACGGAGACGGUUCCACCGCCACGACAGGAGUAGCCCGAGAUGAGUGUUUUUUGCCCCUCAAGUUCCAGGAGAUGGUGGGUUUCGU